AUGAAGACAUUUUGCUUAGCGCUUGCUUUGACCGUCAUCGUGGCCGCACUGCUGGAUGAUGUCACCGCCGAUUUUCAAGAACAGCGACCAGUCGUACCCCACUUCCCAGGUGGCCCUACUCGCCGUCCUACUCCUGGACGUAAGGGCCAGCCUUGUAGCCCCAGCGCGCCUUGCGGGAGCGGAUUGUGCUGUUUAAGAUCAAGUAAUACUAAUAAUCCCUCUUCCACCUGCCAGCCUAAAGGAGGAUACGGAAUGCCGUGUUCAGAAGAUUCGAUCAAGGGUGGCACCUAUACUCUCCGCUGCCCGUGUCAAACAGGUUACUCCUGUCCAUAUGGUCCGAACGCCAGAUGUCAGUAA